AUGCGAGGCAAGUUAUCAGCCCAAAAUUGCACUAAUGUUUUUUCUGGUGUAAGAUGUGUGCAAUAUUCAAAGGCCAGGGCUCGUGAGCAUCGAGAUCCAGCCUCUGCAAUUGCGGGUCAAUAUAUGGGAUUCGUUUACCACAGUACGCCACAGGACAGGCCAGUUGGCCGCCUCGCAGGGAUAUUGGCACCAAGUUUGGGAAUUAACCUAUCGAGCAACACAUACCCUGCGCUUUUAAGCGAAAUUAAAGGUAAUAUCGGCACAAGUGCUGGCUGUAGAAAUCUGUCUUUAAGCAUUGAUAGGAAGAAAGGCGAUCUGGUGACGUCAGUCUCGUUAAAACCACUCAGGGGUCAACAAAAUGGUCGUCACCAACUGAUAUGA